AUGUGCUCGAAUUUCGAGGGAAAAAUUAACACGCUCAAUGAUGAUGGAACCGAGUGGCUUCCAAAAGCGUUCCAACAAGCGCAAGUCCACAUGAAGCUUCUUCUCUCGCUCGGUCCCUCCAAGAUCAAGUUCAGCCCUCUUGACGAGAAGAUCUACGAGUCUUUCCGAAACGCCUUUCCUGAUUUCGAUGAUAAGUGGAUAAACUGGAUGGACCAGUUCAAAAACGACAUUAAAGCUUUUGACAGCAAAAGUUUGCUUCGAAAGAACCCAGAGGGAGACUACUCAUCCCAGAAUACGACAUUCUGUCUUCGAGCUCAAUUUUUGGCCAUCGAAAUCGCUCGAAACAAAGAAGGCCUCAAUCAGAAAAUCGCUGAUGCUUACAAACGAGCUACCUCUGGCAGAUCUGGUGGCUGCUGCAGCCGCUGCUAA